GUGCUGCCCUCGGGAUCCCGCAUCCCUCGUUCGGUACGGUGCGGCUCGGCUCGGCUCGGCUUCGCGCUCCGGGAUGGAGCUGGGGCCGCUGCGGGUGCUGACGGUGCUGCUGUGCCUGACUCCCGUUUUUGCAGGUUUGUUUAUUUCUAUGGAUCAGCCAACCCUUAGCAUCCAAAAAAGUGUCCUCACCAUAACCACAAAUGAUACUCUGAACAUUACUUGCAGUGGUCAGAGAGCUGUGUAUUGGUCCUGGCCCAAUAACCAGAGCAGUGCUGAGAAGCGCCUUGCUGUGACGGGCUGCAGUGAUGGCCCUUUCUGCAAGACCCUCACCCUCCUCAGAGUCAUAGGCAAUGACACUGGGGACUACAGGUGCCUUUAUGGAGACAGCCAGGCAGCUACAACCAUUUAUGUCUACGUUCAAGAUUACCGAUCUCCAUUUGUGACUUCAGUUGGUGAUCAGCUUGGCAUUGUGUACAUCACUAAGAAUAAAACUGUGGUAGUACCAUGCCUUGGGACUGUGUCAAAUCUCAAUGUAUCUCUACAUGCGAAAUAUCCAGAAAAGGUAUUUGUUCCUGAUGGUAAAUCAAUUUCGUGGGAUAAUAAAAAAGGCUUCACUAUACCCAGUCAUCUAAUCAACUAUGCAGGCAUGGUCUUCUGCGAAGCUAAAAUAGAUAAUGAAAGCUACCAGUCCGUGAUAUACAUAGUCGCAGUUGUAGGUUAUCGGAUUUAUGAUCUAACAAUGAACCCACACUACCAAGUUGAGCUGGCAGUAGGAGAAAAACUAGUUCUCAAUUGUACUGUAAGGACAGAGCUGAACGUGGGAAUUGAUUUUAAGUGGGACUACCCUUCCAUCAAGGAAAAGCGUGCAACCAUAAGAGAUUUAAAAACCACUGCAGGAGAAAUAAAGACAUUUGUAAGCACUCUUACCAUUGACAGUGUGAACUUAAGUGACAAAGGUCGAUACACGUGUGCAGCAUCCAGUGGUCGCAUGAACAUGAAGAACAGCAGUUACUUCAUAAUCCAUGAAAGUCCUUUUAUUCAUCUAGAGAAAAUGGAGAAUGUGGUUGAGAUGAAGUUAGGAGAUACAGUCAGUAUUCCUGUGAAGUUUAAAGGAUAUCCUUCUCCAGAGGCAAAAUGGUACAAAAAUGGAAAAGUCAUGAAUGCAAAUCAUACAGUUAAGCUUGGCUACACAUUAGUAAUCACUGAAGCAACUGAGAAGGAUGCUGGGAAUUACACUGUUGUCCUUACGAACCCUACCAACAAGAUGCAGAGGAGACAUACAUUCACCCUGCUUGUGAAUGUGCCCCCCCAGAUUGGUGAGAACGCGCUGAUGGCCCCUGUUGACUCCUACAAGUAUGGCUCAACGCAGGCACUCACCUGCACCGUCUAUGCCAUCCCACCGCCCGCCGCUGUCCUGUGGUACUGGCAGCUGGAGGAGGAGUGCACCUUCAGCCCCCAGUGAGUGGCAGUGGUGGGGCUGG